AUGCAGCAGACUCAGACCAAAAAUACUGCCGUUGGUCGGGCCGGCAUUGAAUUUGAUGAGGUUCGUCUUGAGGCAGCUUUGGGCCACAAACAGGAGCUGGUUCGCGGAUUCGGAUUGUUUAGCUUGACGAGUCUGGGGAUAAUCAUUGCCAAUUCGUGGGCAGCUACUGGAGGGACAAUCGUCACUGCCCUUUACAAUGGUGGCCCCAUGGCGGUCCUGUACGGCCUUGUUGUGGUCAGCAUCUUCUAUGCCUUCGUUUCUGCAUCCUUGUCGGAGUUGGCCUCAGCCAUUCCUUCAGCGGGGGGUGUAUACCACUGGUCAUCAGUAGUUGCGGGGAAGUAUGGUCGUCCUGUUGGCUUUUUCACGGGGUACCUGAAUGCUUGCGCUUGGUUGCUCUCUGCAGCUUCGAUGAGUUCGAUCCUGGGGAAUGAGGCUGUCGCCAUGUACCUCCUCCGCCAUCCAGAUGUGGAGUGGCAUAGCUGGCAACCCUUCAUUGUCUUCCUCGUCGUACUCUGGAUGUCCUGUGCAAUUGUGUGUUUCGGAAAUCGAUAUUUGCCGCUACUUAACCGGAUAUCGCUGGUGCUGUCUAUGGGCGGCUGGUUUAUAACUGUUAUUGUACUCGCCGUGAUGCCCCACGGACGACGUGCCAGCAAUGCCCAGGUGUGGAAGACCUACUACAACGAAACCGGGGGUUGGCCUGACGGUAUCUGCUUCCUGUCGGGAUUGCUAAAUGCUGCUUUUGCUGUUGGUACCCCCGAUUGUAUCAGCCAUUUAUCCGAGGAAGUCCCCCAGCCCGAGCGAAAGGUACCCCAAGGCAUUAUGCUGCAGCUGCUGACGGGUUUCCUUACCACAUUCGUGUAUCUCGUUGCGCUCUUUUACGGGAUCAACGAUAUAGACCGCGUUUUUAACAGCGGCAUCAAGUAUUUCCCUGUGGCGGAGAUAUAUUUGCAAGCUACAGGUUCUACAGCAGGGGCCGUAGGUCUGAUUGCACUUCUCUUUCUAGCCACGUUUCCAACACUGGUUGGAACGCUUACCACUGGCGGACGAAUGUGGUGGUCACUUGCACGGGACAACGCGACACCAUUCCCUUCCUUCUUCGCCCAAGUACACCGCACAUUAGAAUGCCCUGUUAAUGCAACCGUGGCCAUGUCGGCUCUCGUGUCCUGUCUGGGCUGCAUUUACGUCGGAAGCACCACAGCAUUCCAGGCGUUAAUUUCGUCUUUCAUUGUGCUGAGUACACUCUCCUAUGCCGGUGCCAUUAUCCCACACGUCCUCUCGGGGCGCAGAAGUGUUCUUCCUGGCCCAUUUCAGAUGUCCCAUCCUGUGGGCUUCCUGGUCAAUAUCCUUUCAGUACUCUACAUUGCUGUGACAGUGGUAUUCUUUUGUUUUCCCUUCGCCCUGCCGGUCACUGCUCAAAAUAUGAAUUACACAAGUGUUAUUACUGUCGGCAUUAUGGCCCUUGUCGGCAUAUCAUGGUUGUUUCAGGGGAUGAGGACUUAUAACGGCCCAACUUACAGCCGGGAAGCUGCUGAACGUCUGGAACACGGUCACUGA